AUGCCUGAUCUUCCGCAAGAGCUCAUUGACCGUUUCGUCGAUGAUCAUUCUGAAUCCACAGAAGAUCUCAAAAAUCUAUCACUUGUAGGCCGAUGUUGGCUACAUCGUGCUCGAUAUCAUCUCUUUCGCCUUAUCACGCUCGCACCUCAGGAUCCUAAGGAGAUUAGAGAGUACUAUGCAUACCUCAGGCGCAGGGUAUCGAUGCCAGCUCGUGGUGGACGCAACCAUUAUCAUGCGUUAACGUCCUCUGAGCAACGUCUCCUCCAUUCCUCUCUUACCCAAAACCCGCAACCACAAAAGCAAUUCCUAUCCUCCUUCUCGGACACUCUUCCUUAUGUCCGUGGUCUCCGGCUAGAAUCCUCUAUCCGGAUAGGCGGAGGACGCAAAAUCCCUCCUAUGGAAUAUUUCCACAGAUGGCUUGGAUACGGAAACGAAUACGCUGAAGAGUCUCUUCUGAUGCGGGACUUGGUAUCUUAUGAUGACAACUUUCUUGAAAAACAGAAUGAGCGGUGGGAGGCAGUUGAUCUACCUUGGGGGCAUCGUGCUGGGCUCCAUGAGCUGCCGUUCAGGAAUUUGCGGUAUCUUCACAUUCAGUGGAGUGCCUUUGGAUGGAUAUCCUCGUCGCCUGUAGCUGAGGACGAUGGCGAUUUUCCAGAUUCAGUCAACCCGGACAUGUGGCCAGGAUAUCAACUGGGGAAGCUUCUCAAAUCCAGUGCAGACACUCUGAAUCACGUUUCGAUAGAUGAAUAUCCUGGAUUCCAGCUUGAACAGUAUGGUACCCCACCACACGGUACAGAUGCUCUACUCGACAUCCUCGCUGAAAAUGCUCCAAAUCUGAAAUCUCUUUGUCUUGGAGGGUUGAUGGUGCCUCGGCGAAUGAGUCCACAUCCUAUGCAUGAUCAUCAUAUUGAUAGCCCAGAUCCCGUACCAUUCUUUUCCCGAGAUAGGCCCGCAUACCGUACAGGCGAGGAGGUUCCACCGGUCUAUUCCGAUCCCAUAUACAAUGAUGGAACAACUCCUAGGCAAGCCAUUAGAUUGUCUCUGGAACGUCUCUACCUCCGAGGAUUCGAUUCAAAAUCCACACUGUUGAUCGAGGACGUGCUACUGAACCGAGGGAUCCUUUCAUCCAAUACAGAAUAUCUUGCUCUAUCGGCAAUGCCGGAAAAUUUUGAUUACAUGUUUUUGUUCUCCAGGCUGCGUCAGUCGAUAACACAUCUUACUCUUGAUUUAGAUAAUUCGACGUGCAAUCUCAAGCUAAAAUUCACCACCUUCCCCAAACUAAGAUAUCUGCAGUUCAUAAUAGACAUCGAUGCAGAUGCAGACCUCGAGGAUAUUAUCUACUCUUUGUAUGAUAGUGCCUUCCCAAUGGAUGCUGGCCAUCACCGCACAAUCCCUUUGCUUUCCUUAUUUCCCCACCGAUACGAAGUCCAACCACCCUUGUCAGUCCAUAAAUUCAAAACUAGUUCUCAACAAUUCAGACUUCACAUUGAGUUUGGCCAUAGAAUUCAACAACAUAUUCCACCUUCGGUGGAUCAUUGUUUGAAGAUCUUGACUGUGACCGCGGUCAUUACAGAUAUACCACCUACAGGCCACGCUGAACCAUCCAAGUCUUCUGCACUGAAGAGAACGAGGGUGAACUUUAUAGAUCUAGUGACGGUGGAUUUACCUGAAACCGAACUGGAGAAGGCAUUUCCGCUGACUUUUCGAACGGGGAAUUUAAUGUCCGGGAGUACAGACGAGUGGUGGCGCCCACCUAUGUAA